AGACAUUCAAUUCCAUUUUAAUGGGUUUUAAUGACUUAAUUAUUAGUUAAGAUUCUAUUUGAAUUGUUUUAGGUCCAUAGUCAAUAAAGAUGUCAACACAACAGCUUCGGUUAAGAAUUCAAACAAAGAGUGGGCAUAAACUUUUGGAAGGUUUAUUUUUAGCAUCUACUGUUGGAAAAUUAAAAGAAGUAAUAGCUGACUGUACAAACAUAACUAAAAAUAAGAUAAAAAUUCGUCAAGGUUACCCUCCAAAAGUAAUUGAUAUUAGUAAUGAGACAGCAGAAUUAUCUUCAUUACCUUUUCGUUCAGGAGACACUCUUAUAGUUGAAGAAGAUGAAUCAAUUAAUGCAUCAACAAACCCUGGGGUUAGUAACUCUCAACAUGACGAACGUUUAGAUACUUUAUUACAUCAUCAGCUCGAAGAAGGAGCCUCUGGUAUACUCACUCGAAAAGUAGUACCAGCUGAUAACUCUUGUUUAUUUACUAGUGUGCAUCUUGUUAUGAAUGAUGGUGCUUAUGAUUCAGCUGCAUCCCCAAUUUUACGUGAAGUUAUUGCAGGCAUUGUUUCCAAGGAUCCUACCACAUACUCUGAAGCAAUGCUAGGUAAACCAAACAAUGCUUACUGUAGAUGGAUAAGGGACAAGAAUUCAUGGGGUGGUGGGAUAGAACUUUCUAUACUCUCACAGUAUUAUAACACAGAAAUAGCAGUUGUUGACACUCAGAGCGGUCGUGUUGAUAGAUUUGGUGAAGAUAAAAACUAUGAAGAGAGGGUUUUUUUAAUCUAUGAUGGAAUUCACUAUGAUUCAUUAAUAUAUGAAUCUAUAGAUCAGACUGGGCCAGUCAGGACAAAGUUUUCAAUACACAAUGCUGUGAUCUUAGCCCAAGCUCUUGAAUUAGCGUCAGAAGCAAAGUCAAUUCGUCAGUUCACAGAUGUAGAAGGGUUUUCACUUAGAUGUUCCACUUGUCAGGCACCACUUCGUGGUCAAAGAGAAGCUACUGAACAUGCAAAAGCUACAGGGCAUGUUGAUUUCGGAGAAUAUUAAUUUAAAAAAAAAAUCUUAGUGUUGUAUUAUUUAAUGUGUAUGUACUAUUGAUGAAAAUAUCUCAGAUGCAGAACUGUUUUUUAAAACAGGUCUCUAGUAAAUAUAUAUAAAUAUAUAUAAUCAAAACAAAACUUGAAGAUAUUUUAAAAUAGAAAAUUUGUUAAAAAUACAGCAGGGAAUACACUUAUUUUGUUCAUUUUUAAAAAUACAAGUCAUGACAAAAAUAUUAUUACAUCAGAAAGUUGUUGGUUUAUUUAUUUUCAUUUGUGGUUUGUUUUAUUUUAAUAAUGUUGUAGUAUAUGUGUUUUUAGGGCUUUAAAUAAAAUAAUGACAAAUGUAUUUAUAUUUAAGUGAAGAAUAUAAAUGGUUUUUUAAGUUAACAAUUCAAAUUAUGUAAAGCGUUUAUAGUGUGGCUAAAUAUAUUUUCACUUGCCUAAUUAAAUUUCAUAUUAUUUAUUUAAUUAUACUAUAUUAUCAAGAUCUGUUGUGUAGAUCUAAAUCCUACCCAGUCAUAAACCAAAGUCCCUUCCACAGCAAAGCAUAACAAACAUAUCACUUGGACUUAAAGUACAAUGUAGUAAAUUUUUUAAAACAAAAUUACCCACAUUACUGGUCGCUCUCAUAAGCAAAAACCUGUUUAAAUAUUGCAUUGUUAUCCUUUGUAGCUCUGAUCUAGAGACCUAUCAUUUUAUAGACCCACUUAUUUAGCACAAGUUAACAGUUGUAAUGUUUUCCAAGUAUACCAAGGUAAAAUAUUAUUUAUUGUUAAUGCACAUUUAUUGCACUGGUAAUGUUUAAAGCUGAUUUUCAUACAAUUGCUGGUUUUUUAAACAUUAUUUAUAAAGUGUUUGUAUUGAAAUAAUUUAUUAAUAUAUUCCUUUCUUGAUAUUAAAUGUGUUAUUACUGUUUGUGCUAUACAUUUUAUAUUUUUAAAGGUAUAAAAUAUUUUUUAAACUGUGGAAAUUACCUUUAAAAUGAAUCCUGUUCUGCAGUUUUACAUUCUGUUGCUUUUGUUUUAAAAUGUACAAUCAAAGUUAUUGUCUAGGUUAUUUUAGUAAAUUUUCUUGUAAUGUGUUAACAUUAAA